AGCAAAUAUCAGCAAUAAGAUAUUGUUUACACGAAAAUCGGUGUUGUCGGUUCGGAAAAGACGAGUUUUGUGGAAGACAGAGACACAGGUUUAACACUUUAUUGGCAAUCUUUAAGAGUCUUUGCAUUCAGCGCAAUGGCCCCUUCACUGGCCACAGCUUUUUCUCGUCGCUGGUGGAUGGCAGUGACGGCAGUGAUCGAGAGCCUGCUUUUCUCUGCAGUGCUGCUGGGAUGGGGUUCACUGCUCAUUAUGCUAAAAUCAGAGGGCUUCUACUCCGUCCUCUGCAAAGUACCAGAUAACAGUACAAACAGCACAAUGCUGAAUGUAUCAGAUGAAGUGACAGGGAGCCCAGCAAACGAAGAAAAUGAGGAGUUUUUGCAGAUGAAUGGCUGGCCUAUUUGCAAAGAGCAGGACGAGAUGCUGAACCUGGCAUUCACCAUUGGUUCUUUCCUCCUAAGUGCUAUCACCCUGCCGUUGGGCAUUAUCAUGGAUAAAUAUGGGCCACGAAAACUUCGCUUGCUUGGCAGUGCUAGUUUUGCUCUGUCCUGUAUCCUAAUUGCUUAUGGAGCCAGUGAUCCUAAAAAUCUCUCAGUGUUGAUCUUUACUGCCCUGGCACUGAACGGGUUCGGGGGCAUGUGCAUGACCUUCACCUCCCUUACACUUCCCAACAUGUUUGGAGAUUUACGCUCUACUUUUAUUGCACUCAUGAUUGGAUCAUAUGCUUCGUCUGCUGUCACCUUCCCUGGCAUUAAGGUGAUCUACGACUUAGGGGUUGCAUUUAUCACCAUCUUGCUUGUGUGGGCUGGUUGUGCUGGCCUUGUCUUUAUCAACUGCUUCUUUAACUGGCCUCUGGAGCCCUUCCCUGGACCAGAGGACAUGGACUACACUGUGAAGAUCAAGUUUAGCUGGCUGGGCUUUGACCAUAAGAUCACAGGCAAGCAGUUCUACAGGCAGGUGACAACCGUGGGGCGUAGACUCAGUGUUGGAAACUCCAUGAAAAAUCAGCCCAAAAUGCUGGCCACUCAGGAAGGCAACAAACUGUGCUUGUCCACUGUUGACCUAGAUGUGCAGUGCAAGUCUGCAGAAGAAUCCCAGUCGUUCAUGCGCAGUGUUUUUAGCCCCAUUUUCCUGCUCAGCCUCAUCACCAUGUGCGUCACUCAGUUACGACUCAUCUUUUACAUGGGAGCCAUGAACAGCAUCCUAGAGUCCCUCACUGAUGGAGAUCUCAGCAGAGUGAGCAUGUACACCUCCAUCUUCGGUGUGCUUCAGCUGCUGUGUCUCUUGACCGCUCCAGUGAUCGGUUACAUUAUGGACUGGAGAUUAAAACAGUGUGAGGACAAGAAUGACAAGCAGGUUGCCAAGGACCCCACCCAGCCAAAGAAGCGUGAUAGGCAAAUCCAGCAGAUCGGCAAUGCCACCAGAGCUUUUAUUUUUACCAACCUGCUGCUGGUGGGCUUUGGGGUCACAUGUAUAGUGCGUGACCUGCCUCUUCAGAUCUUGUCCUUUGUAUUACACACUAUUGUGAGAGGUUUUAUUCAUUCUGCAGUUGGAGGUUUAUAUGCUGCUGUGUACCCCUCCUCUCAGUUUGGCAGUCUGACAGGGCUGCAGUCAUUGAUCAGUGCUCUUUUUGCUCUGCUGCAGCAGCCUCUUUUCAUGGCCAUGAUGGGACCAUUAGAGGGAGAUCCUCUCUGGGUCAAUGUGGGACUGCUGGCUCUUAGUAUGCUAGGAUUCUGCCUGCCCUUCUACCUGAUCUGCUAUGGCAAGCAGCUACGCAGAGAAAAACGAGAGCGCGAAGAAGAUCCCAAGAUCUAUGCCCAGAUGAAUAAUGGUACCAACUUAGAAGCGUUUGUGUGACCAUGAACUUGCACACAGAUGGCAUGAGACAGACUGAAAAAAGCCAGAAGGACAGGAAAGAGGAGUAAAAGUCACAGACUGUGCAACUGCAUCUUCCUCUUCCCUUUGUUAAUCUGCACCCAUGUUCCAACAUGCUCACACACAUUUACAAACACACACAAAACAAAACGUGUGAUCAGCCAAAGCAGUUAAAGCAGACACAAUGUGCCACCCAGACAUGUUUACAUGCUCAUUCUGUAUAAGAAUCCUUGAGUAUCUCAAGGAUGUCUGCUUAGUGGAAAAUCUUACUUUGUAUUUCAAUAUAGCGUUAUCUGUUGGUAUGUGGUGCUACUGCUGUGUGAGAGCUCCCAGAUAGUCCAUCCCUUAUAUAAUACUAUGUAGGAAAGUCUGUAGCUAAUGAUAUACUUGUUGAAAACAUGUUUACCAGAGGAUUUCACUGAAAGCUUGAUGACAGUUAUGGCCUACACAGCAGGGUUAUACAUUGUGGAGCAUUUACUGACACAAAUCCCUGCAUCACUGACUAUUCAUUUUGACCGUUGUGGCAAUGCUUUGCUGGGAAAAAUAACAGAAGUCCCCCAAGAAGAAGUUUAAGAAGUUUAUUGCUGCCAGGCAAUGCUUUUGGAUUACAAGGCUGCACAUUCUUAGCGGCUGAUUAAACACUGUGAAACACAAGCCACAACAACUGUUGCUACCUACACUGGCGCUUAUCUUUUAAAACAGUUUCAAUAAAACCGUAUGCUACACAUGCACACUACCUAUCCAACUAUUCAGAUCAGGAGAUAGCAAAGCUGACAGGACGAAGCUCAAGUCCACAAAGAAUCCUCUGUUCUAACCUCUUUGUUCAGUAUUUUAUUUCUUCAGGCUACAGGUUAUGGAAAACCAAGUAUUUAGCAUGACUGAAAUUCUCCUGUUGAGGAGCAUGCUUAUUUACCAGAAAAGAAAGCCACUGCUAAAAGACAUGCUUUGUUGCCAGUAAUUACAAAUCUCAUAGGCUUUGUGAUUUUACAUUUCUGGUGCUUUUCAUGUUUACAAUGAUCUCACAGUCACAAAACCAGAUCCCUGUUUAAUGUUUUUGCUUUAAAACUUUAAGAAUGCAGGCCCAGGCCUGAAUUGCAGCCUCAGUAUUCAGCAUGCUAAACAUCAUAUAGCGCAGCAUGGCCAUUCGACUGCAGACUUUUCUAAAUAGAAAAUAUUUCAAGUCAGGCUGCAUGUACUUAGUUAAAAAUAUAGGGAUGCACUGUCUGAAAUGAAGUGUUUGCAUCAGUCUCAGUAUCUUAAUGAAUUUUUGGUGGGCGUAAAUGGGGACCUUACAUUGCACACUCAUGGCUUUGACCAUUUCAAAAGAUCAUUUUUAAAAGUGUGGCACCCAUGAAUGUGUAGUUGUGUAUUUCUUGUGUGUUCUGAAUGACAGGGAAGAUCCUUCCAUCCAGAGAACUUCUUAGUUCUCAGUAAUGUAAUACAAGUAGUGCUCUCUUGGACUCCCUUUAACAGAUGGUUAAGAAUUUGUCAGAAUCUGAUCUCAUGGGAGGCCACAUAAUUAUAAUGCAGUACUGCCCACUACCAACACGCCACCUGGCUUGAAUACGGUCAGGUCAGUUGAAAAGUAUCAGUAUUGGUUUAAUAUUGAGUAUUCUGCUUAAAUAUAAUAAUUUUGAGAAAACAAGAGAAUGACAAACUCGGUUGGUGCGUACCUAGUUUCAGGUUAUUUUUGUAUUUUUAGUAUUUUAUGAAACAUAAAAAUGUUUCGGUUAUACACGUUUGCCGUGCAGCAUUUGAUCUCAAAUGUAGAAUUUUAGAGUAUUGCAGUUACAACACCCAUGCAGAACAGACUGUAUUGAAACAUGUUUUCCAGUAUUUCAGUGUGUAUGUUCCAUUCAGAACUUUGAAGAAUUCAUAUUCCUGUCACCUCACAUUUUGCUUUAUGAUUAGUUUAUGAUUAACUGACAGUAAGCAGUUAAUAAUUGACAUUAUUAGAAGACUAUACAUGUCAGGGUUGCCAGGUCUAUUUGCCACUGGCAAAUAAGUUUUAAAAAUAUAUUAAAAUUGUUUGUUAAUUGAUCAUUAAAAUGUGAUUAUCAAUAAA